AUACUUCGUAUAAGUCUGUCUUUCUUUUUGAGAUAUUCAAAAAGAAUGCAAAACCAGUACAUAAACGCCUGGUACUGAAAGUACCAAUGUUAGAAUUUUUUCUAUGUGAAAAUAUUUCCGUACCACCUUAUCAAACUAGGGCUUUAUAGUCUAACUCACACUUUUCUACCUAAACAAAGUUUCAAUGUUAAGUGCAUUUAGAAGGGGUUUCCAGACUAGCAUGAAUAUUGUGUUUAUCAACACUAGCUCCCUCUCCCCCUAGCCGCAUACAAACAUAAUGGCGUACAUUUAAAAUGCGCUUUACUAUGGUUCUUCAAUACCUAGGCGAGAUACCGCGUCGUUUGGAUUCCUGCCUUUUUACCUUCUUUGAAAUGGGUACUUUAUAGUCCAAUCAAAAAGCCGUCAAAACAUUUUACCAGUUAUUCCAUUAUCUGUGUGCUUUACCAAAAGGCAUCAAGUUACACGAUUUCUAUAGAUACUAAUAUAGCUAAGAUGAAGGGAAUAAUUUGAGAAUCUUUUGCUAAUGAAUACGCAUCUAUCAAUGAUUUUAUUCUUUUUUUUUUUGAAAUUCAUUCGCUUUUUUAUCUUUUUGGAAAAUAUUAUCCCCUUCAUUUGUUUAUCCGUUUGAUUUAGAUGACAACUUAUUAGAAUCCUUGUGAUAUAGAAACUUCCUUCCCUAUCACGCAAUCGAUGCUGAAAAAUAGUGAGAUUAAUGAGCUUAUUCGCGAUCGGGAGGCGUGGAAGCGGGCGGCAUCGCAAAGUUCUCCUUAUUAUGAUAACUGCUCUUCUCCUCCUUUCUCCUGCCACGUUCCAUGGUCGAUGCUCCGGCGAAGCGCCGGCGAUGAUGCACAGACGGCAAGGUUCGCCACCUCCCUCCGAUCCGCCUCGCCUCAGCACCUGAGAUUGCCGUCGGAUGGAUUCAUUAGAGAUAAAUGGAGUAUUAGUGGGGUGAUUAAACAAACCCCAAUGGAUCCGCUCUUCCAACUCUUCCAAAAGAAUAUUCAACGACGCGGCUACGGCGUUGUGAAGAAGACACUCGCCGCUAAGCAGCGCCAAACACCCCACCACAAUACCGCCUCAAACGGGAUAAAUCAUCACGAUGUGAUUAUUUUGUACGCCUGGCGACUUAUAGCGAUGGAAGCCGAAGAGCGCAAAGGUAUUCUACGGCGCGAGCGAGAGCAGCGGUCUGUGGUCAACACCUUCUAUUGUAAAGCUUCCUUGGAGCUUCUUAUGGAAGCUGAGUAUGUGCAAAGAAAAGCGACCUUUCAGGCCGCCCUCAGUGGGUAUAGGAAACUCCUAGAAGAGGAAUCUGUGGAAUUUCAGUGCGCCACCAGUCUUUCGCACAGUGCGUAUAAGCGAUUAGCUAUUCUUUACGCUCGGGAAAAGGCGGCAAGGAAUUUAAUUGCGCACGAGGAGAAACAAGAGCGAGUUGUGAUCGAAAAGAUGCGUUGUCUCUUAAGCAUACGUAGUAAAGGUCGAAAUCCUGUGUCACUCACGAAGCGAGAGAACCAGUCGCUUCACUUUCUUAUAAAUCAGAUAAAAACACUAUAGACAUUCCUCUUAGGUUGAGCAAUACUUAUUGAUUUUGCAAUUGAACUGGAGGAACAAUAGAAAAAAAAAAGGGGUACCAUCCAUUGCUUUAUAGAGAUGCAAGAGCGCAUUGGACGAAUACUACCACUCUACCCCCA